AUGUCGUCAUCCUCCUCACAAAUACUUCCCAAAGUCAUUGUCCAAGUUGGUACCAACCAACUCAUCCCUCUCGAUAUGCAUUCUCUCUUCUCUUCUUCUUCAAUUUCUCCCAAACAAGUCACAUUCAUCGAUGUCUUGGACGCUCUUCAAGACAAGUUGGAAAUCAUUUUACCAGCCAAGUCCUCCGAAAGUUCCAUCUCUAAAACAUUUGCUCAAUCCGAUUAUCAAUCCAUUCUUUCACAACCUUCUCUCGAAUCGGAACAACAAGUGCUUCUCAUGUUGUGGAGUGUGAAAACAAAGAGCUCUCGAAAAAACUUUUUGAGUGGAAUGGUCGAGCGAUCGAGUGCAGCAUUGAGAAGAAAAAUAGAAGGAAAUAACAUUGAUUCCAAUGCUUCAUCUGCCAUGAUGAAUGGAGGAGAUUCGUUGGAAAACGUUGUAGCUGUGAUUUCACCUAUUCCUAUUACUGAAGGAAAGAUCAAAAAGAAAUUAUUGAAAAUGAAUGAAACUGUCUACAGUCAUAGUGGAGAAUGUAUCAAUUUCAAGUUAUUGUCCCAAGUGGCACCUUCCAUCACUGCUUCACUUCCCGAACAAGUUCUUGAAAGUGGUUGUGAUUUCUUGUUUUUGGAAUGUCAUCCCUCGAUUGAAACCUCUCGAGUCACAGUGUUGAACAAUUCUUUGAGCGCCACUUGUCUCAAUGAAACUUUAUUCAAUACGGAGCAUUAUUACUCUCAAUUCAUGUCGAAUUCCAUAUCGUUGAACUCCUCUCUUGAAUCACAAAAGAUUCAAAUGGGAGAUUUAUUGAAUGAGGAAUUAUUGAAACCUGUGAAAAUUCCAUACUUGUUGAGAGUUUGUAUGAAAUAUGUGAGAGAUCAUGGAGGUUUGAAAACUCAAGGAAUAUUUCGAGAGGCUGGAUCGAAACGAAAAUUAUUGGAACUCUCAAAAUUGUUUAACACAUUUAUGGCAUUCCCUCAAAUGUUUGUAAAUAAGAGUAUUGAAAUUCCAGCACAUUUCGGAGUCAUGAUUGCAGCAGAUAUGAUCAAGACGUAUCUUCGAGGAUUACCAGAUUGUUUAUUGACUUUUAGACAAGUAUGA